UGCGGCAUGGACCACCCCCACCCCCACCGCCAGGCCCCGAGCACGCGGAACAGGGCCGCCAGACUCACCUACGCGGACAAGUGCGGCUCUUUCCCCGCGGACACCAGGGCCGCCGCCAUGACGCAGUGCAGCCAGGCCAGGACGCACCGCGUCGCCCCUGCGAGUGUGGCGAGUGGGGCCGUCAAGAUUGGGACGGGAGUCAUCCUCCCGCAAGUCCAGCUGGCCACGAUAGUAGCCAUGCCGAGAGGCUCGGCCCAGCUGUCCGCCGAGACCGGAAGCCUCUCGCCCAAACAGGAACAGCGGUCUUUCGUCGGACUGGAGAGCCACCCUGCGUCGGCAAGCACUGCGAACCAGCACUACAGCCCCCCCGUGGCGCAGGUCCAGUCCGCCCGGGCACAGGCCCCUCCGGGUCCGGGACAUCCGGGUCCGGGACAUCCGGGUCCGGGACAUCCGGGCCGGGCGAAGGCUGCAGCCCCCGCGUGGUCAGCAAAGACAGCGACCAAGGGUUCGUGUUCGUACGUCGCUCCCAGUUCGAGAGCGCCGCGAGGGCCGCAAGGCAGAGGCCUGCCCCCGUCCACGAGCCCCCAUGGGGGCGCCCAGGCUACCAAUCCAGCCUCAGGGUAUUCUCCACCCAAGCGCCGCGCAGCCCCGUUGUUGGUCCACCAGGCCAAAGUGCAAAAGACGAUGGGCCGACCCUGGCGUUGACUGCUCCUCAGUUUAAGUCUCCGCACGCGCAGCUCAAAUCUGUAUAUGCCAUUACUACACUAUGCUCAAAAAUUAAUCCUAAGACCUACAAAAGCUGUUGAUCUCUUAAGGGUCAAACGGAAAAGAGACUGUGCAACCAUGUCAAGGGAAAUGAAAACACACAGUUGUGGU